AUGGCUCACAUCAACGCAGAUACGCAGCCGACGAUAGAAGGCAGAACAGCAGCACCCAUGGGCUCCAGUCCCGUGCGAGGAGACUCUCCAGUCUACGCACCAACCAGUCCAUGUCGAUUCGGAGAUGGCACACUCGUCCCUACGAGUGACUUUGUGCGCCCAUCUGGCCCAUACCGUGCAACUAGCCCGGUUUUCAGCCCGACAUCCCCAGCAACGAGCCCAGCACCACCUUCGGAUCGGAACAACUCCUACGUUGCCGCCACUCCUGCGGAUUGUGCAACUCCGGUCAUCGACACGGCAUCCCCAGCCUCGAGCCUAGCACCGCAGUCGGAUCGGUCCACCUCCUACCGUCCAACCAGCUCUGCAAACAGUCCAAACAGCCCUUCGGCUUCGAGAGGAUCUCUUAUGCCGACAAUGGCGGAGGAGGGUCCUAUCGGUAUCGAGCACAGACCAGUCUCACGCGCUGCGGCCGAGAGUGCCUCCCCAGUGUCAGAAAAUGAGGAUCAGCCAGACAUACAGAUCGAGCAUGUGCAGCAGCAAAUGGCUGUCUUGGCUCGCAGCCUGGAGGCCACUGCUCCUCGUCUAGCUCAAGAGAGAGAGCGCGCCGACCGGGCCACUGUUCGCCUUUGCGAAGUCGAAGCACAUCUCGCUGCCGUCAAGACGCAACUUGAUGGAUUGACCGAGGAUUUCACGCAUUCCGAGGCCCGUCGCGUAGCUGUCGAUGACCGACUCCACAACAACGUCACCAUGAACGAAGGAAUUGUUGCCCGUGCCAACGCACGUGUCUUGGCCGCAAAUGAGAGACGUAGAAACGCCGAAGCCGAACUAAUCACCCUGCGCGAAGACGCAGUGAGAGACAAUGCGCAAAUCGGGCUGCUCCGUAACGAACGUACAGGCUACCGACGGCAAGUCCAGGCCGACAUAACGCAGAUCUUCGAAGAGCAUCGUGAUGAGCUUCAUCAGCUUCAGGAUGAUCUUCUCCUUGCUCGGGACAACAAUGACCGCCACCGAGACGGCGUACGCGAGGCCGAGCAGCGGAUCGAAGUGCUACGGACUCGACUCGAUCAUGCCGGAAAAGCUGUCGACCGCCUGGAGAAGUGUCGUGGUCUUUGUGGCACUUGCAAGUCCCAAGCUCGCAAGCGUAAGCGAGACGACGAGGAAUAG